AUGCAGAAUUGCCUAUUCGAGCGUCGCGAUAAGGUCCUGAAACGAACUUCUUCGCGCGUUCAUCUGCGCAUAUAUCCAGCAGUCGGCUGUCUGGAUACAACACAAUCAGCCGUUCGCUAUACUGUCAUCAUUUGUGAGGUGUCAGUUGCUAAAUUAUGGACGCGAAUAAUAACUCCUCUAUUCCCAGAAUCUCGGAUAGCUUGGUCCCAACAAGGUCUAAUCUUCCUCCAUCGGACAACGAAGUUCCUUCAUUGA